AAGUGCUCAAGGCCAUAGGUUGCAAACCUCUGUCAUUGGACCGUGGUUUCCCGUGCAAUGCCGGUGCCAGAGCCUGACGUGGAAGUGCCUGCGGGUGACACCAAGAAGGGUGCAAAGCUCUUCAAGUCCAAGUGUGCUCAGUGCCACACAAUCGAGCAAGGUGGCAACGUCAAGCAGGGCCCUCCGCUCUGGGGCCUCAUUGGUCGCACUUCCGGCACCUGUGAUGGGUUUGCGUACUCGGAAGCGAACAAGAAUGCUGCCAUCUUGUGGUCGGACAAGCACUUGUUCGAGUAUCUGCUGAACCCGAAAAAGUACAUUCCCGGAACCAAGAUGGUCUUUGCAGGCAUCAAGAAGGAGAAGGAGCGAGCGGACCUGAUUGCUUACAUGAACGAGAUGAAGUGAGAGCAAUGCUCAUGUCAUUUUCCCGGCUGCGUGGCCGGCGCACGAUUCCCAUAAGGGCGUUGGCUACCCGCCUGCCGCGAGCAAACCGCGCUUUUGCUGGAGGACGUUCGAGCAUCGGCAAGCAACACGCAGCCAAAUCCUUGUGCCAGUGGCAGCAUGGGAUUUGUGACCUCACAGAAGAUUAGGUAAGUGGCG